GGGCUGCCUGCCUAAAUAGAGGGAUGUAUUCGUGGAGGACUUUCGAAGGAAAACUGGCUCGUAAAAACCACGAAAACGUCCAUGCAGAUAAGCCCGUUUGCCAGAAAUCGAACCCCAAACCGAAAUACCAGAGUUCAGUGACUGUACCGCUCGGCCGCUGGUGGAAACGCAGUGCAACGAAUAAGAAUAGAGCAAAAAGAAAUUAUUUUGUUGGAGAUGAGCUGGAUGUGGAUUCCAAACACAAAGAAUAACAUGCAGACAAAAUUUGCUGCAACGAAAAAAGGAGGCAUAGAUGAAGCUAAACCACCUGGAGUCGCGAUGGUUUUUACUCUGCCUGGUGCUCUGCAUCUUGUGUUCUUGCCUCCUCCAAGAAGGAACGGCUUUCUUGGAGAUGAGUCUAAUGAAGGAACUGGUUAUGCAGGAAAGUGCAGAAAAAACUAAAGAAAGAAUUGCCAAUUUAGCAAAAACCGGCAUCUUACCAUCUACUAAGCUGGAUUUCAAACUGCCGGAGUACAAACCUUUGAAACAGAAGCAUCACGUGAGAAACACGUUCGAAGAAAAAAGUGGAUCUAAAAUAAUAAAAGUUCCUUAUCCGGUGCAUACAGGGAACUCACUGAAGCCUUGGGAGAAAACCAUUGACAAUUUUUUGAAGCUGAAACUCUACAUGAUGGAGCAAAAAAUGAAGACUAAGCGAUACCAAAUGAAAACAUUAUACAAGAAGCAUAAAUCUAAUAUGUUUAAGGAGAUGAUGAAAGAGAAGUUUAAACCCAUUUUGAUUCCCGUGGGGGGUCUUUUACCUCCAGGAGUGGCACCGGGAAUGGUGCCUGGAAUGAUGCCUGGAAUGAUGCCAGCUGCCCCUGCUCCAGGAAUGAUGAUGCCGCCAGGAGCUGGUAUGAUGAUGCCACCACCACCCCCUGCCAUGGGAAGGGCCAAUUCGGAACACGUGGCAAUUCGGCAACCUCCUGAAACAUGGAGAGCAACACCUGGUGCAUUUGAUCAUGAUGAAUCGUACGAAGAAUAUGAAAACGAUCGUCCCAGAAAGAGAAAUUCAGAUACUAUGUUUGAUGAUGAAUACAGUGAUGAAUAUUAUUAGUAAAUAGCUGAUAUUUAAGUACAAAGAAAGGUAUGAAACAAACUGUCUGCUUGCGAUAUUUUUAGAGGCUUCUGAAUCAUUCUCUGUAUGCACCUUAUGAAAACAAA